AUGUCAAUUUUACAAUAUUAUUCUAAAACUUCUAAUGAAAGUUUAGAAAGCAGUUCGGAUGAAGAUAAUUUUAAUGAUAACAUUGCCGAACCUGCUGAACCUAUAAAUAAAACCAAACCUUUAAUUCAAAAACCUAUAGUACGGCAUUAUCAACCUUCUAAAAAACUAAAAUUUAAUCGUAAAACUGGAGUUUUUCAGCAAGAAUAG